AUGGCUGUUUUGCACAAAGCGUGCCAAAAUGUUCGCGGGGCGACCGCGGGAAUUCAAAAAAUCGCGAUUCUCCGCGUGUAAAAAAAGAUUCGUAAUACGUUUUCCUCUCUUCUUCCUUCUUCUUUUUUUCCGAUAGGAAAAACUCUCUUCCUUUUUCCCCGGCGAAAGUUGUGCAUCGUGACGAUCUGCAAGAAAAGUGAGUAGCAAGCUUGGCCAGAAACGGGCCAGAACUGUUACGAGAGGAAAGAGAGACUACGACUCGCGAUGCACGAUUGACUACAUACAUACGUUUUCUUUCCGUUGCAGAAGAGCGAGAGCAACGCGACUCGGGUCGUCCUGACGAACCUGGAGCUGGACGCAGCGGGUGUCUACAGUUGCGAGGUGUCCGCGGAUGCACCUUCCUUCCAAACGGCCUGCGUUCAAGGCACCAUGAACGUCGUCGAAUUACCCUCUCAAGGGCCGUCGAUACACGGGUUAAGGAGGAAAUACCGGAUCGACGAUAUGCUACGUUUGAACUGCACAUCCGGACGGAGUAAACCCGCGGCCAAUCUCACCUGGUACAUCAACAGCCGACAACCGCUGAAGUCGCACGUCCGCACGUACAGUCCCUUGGACACCAACGAGUCCGAGUGGCAGAUUUCCCAGAUCGGCCUUCAGUUUCUCGUUACGCACGAGCAUUUCGCCGAGGGCAAGCUGAAAAUACGGUGCAGCGCCUCGAUAUACGACAUUUACUGGCAGAGCACCGAGGUUAGCACCGAGGAGGACAGACCGAGGGUGAUACACUACGAGCCAGCAGCGACCAUCGUCGGAAUCAACUACUUGCAACCACCACCCAAUUUCCAAACCGGUCAGAAGAAACCCGACGGCCAGGUCGGAGUCAAAGGUAAAACAAGUUUCUUCCAUUUAUUUGCCCUCUUGCGUUCUUUCUUUCUUUCUUUCUUUCUUUCUUUCUUUCUUUCUGUCACUUUUCUCUCUCUCUCUCUCUCUCUCUCUAUUGCUCUCAAGUAUAGAUCUCGUCGAAUGUAUUGAAAGUUUGACGAGCCUAGAUUUUAAGGCUCGUUAUUUUCUAGGUUCUCUAAGUUCGGUAGUUUCAUUCAUUGACUGGCGACGAAAUUCAGGUCGAAAUAAAAAAUGCGAAGGUAUCAGCAGCUAAGGAAUUUAGAUUUUAGAUGUGUUGUUAGAUAUUAUCAGCUGUCCUCUUGCAUUAAAGAAAAAUAACUUUCCUCGUUGACUCGACGAGACUAGAAUCGGGAUGAAAAAUUUUCGCUGCACGACUUUUGUGACACUAUUGGAAGCUAUACGAAUCUAGGUUUUAUUAUUAUCAACCGUCGAGAAGUAUUUUUUCUUCAUCGAUUCGACGAAACUGAAAUUGAGGUGGAAAAUUUCGCUACACGAUUUUGGCAAGGUUUUAUUUUUAUUAUUAGAGAUUAAAUCACACCUCGAGAGGUAG